AUGGCCACGUCAGCUACUGAAAAUACUUUGGAGACGACAAAGGACACAGCUCUACCAUCUGAGGCAUCUACUGAGCAAAUGGAAGCCACAGAUUUUGACAUGAAUGAUGAGCUACUACAGUCAGCAUUUGGUGAUGGUGAAGUACAUUGUAGUUUGCAGUCUAGACGUCAAAGAAAGGAACGAGAUGUACACAAGAUGGCCUAUGAAUGCUGUGACACAGAUGUCCUUAAUAUUGAUACUGAUGAACUGAAGAAAAUUGCCGAUCUCCCACAAAUGAGAUCUGUACCAUUUGAAGAUAAUUUGUACCCCAAUAAUUUCAUGGAUGAUAGAUGUCAGAGAAAAUCUGCGACAAUUGAUGCUUUAGAUCUGAGGAGUGAUUUGAGAUGGAACAUGCCCAAAACGCUUAUGAAAUCACGAAGAAGACCUUUGUUAAUGUCGAUGAAAAUCAAGACAGAAUCUCUGAUGCCUACAAAUAAUGAUAAUGACAAGCUUUUAUUGUCAGGAGCUGAAGCUAUACCAAAAAGAACCCACAUGCAAGUGCAUGAAAUGAAACGUGACGUUAAAGAAAAAGAGCAGACUUGUGAAGAUAAUAAGUUAUUUUCACCCUCAGCAUUUCCGACAGGAGCCAAUGAUUGUCCGAGAGAAAUUUCAAAGCCAAGACUCAAAAGACAAGAUGCUUUUUAUCAGAUGCCAAUGCCACAACCGAACUACCAUGAUGUAUUAUAUGCUCCAAUAGUGAAACUUGAUGGUACAAAGGAUGAUUCUUCAGUGCUGCUUGGUGAUGGCUUUGAGAGACAGGCAGUCUACCUGAAGUCACAGAGACAACAGCCAUCACUAUUCCAGGAUGAUAAAACAGAAACUAAAGACAGAAUUGUCCCACAAAAGUUUUCCCAAUCGGUGCAUAUUCCGUAUGUUUCAUCACCCUACAAUUGCAUGCAAUGGGGAGAUUCAGACCUUGAUGACACAGGAUUGAUGACAGACCAAGAAUAUGUGCUGGACCAGGGUUAUCGAAUGCCAUUGCUGAAAAAACCUAGAAAUGAUGAUCGAAGUUACAGCGCUGAUCUAUAUGGGCACCGAAUUAGUGAGAGACCUUUGACUAACCAAUAUAUCAGUGUGAGAAGCCUAGGUCACGGGUCAUGCUCUGAUGAAAAGCUACCUAAAUCUGACAGAGAAAUGAAAGCUAAGGGAAAGUUUAUUGAACCCCAAAACGAUGUUGAUGUGGACGCUUGUGUGUCUUUCGCCAAGUCUGAGACACAGAAUGAGGCACCAUGUGUAUCUCUCCAAGAUGAAGCACUCACAAAAGGCCAUGAGAAGAGAAUUGUGACUGAACCUGAUACAGUGUUCCAAAUUGUAGCUUUGAAAAAAACAGCUAAUCUUCCAAGUAAGGAACCAUUUCAAGCCAUGAUGGAUGAUUUCAGAGCAGACAUGCAAAGUUUGGUUACAUCAGAAGUGGAGAAGUUGGAACAACAGUUGAUGAAAAAGCUCAUGAAAAAGACAGAGAAGGAACCCAAGAAGAACAAGAAGAGGCGGGUGUAUUGCAAACUCUGUGACUGCAGGGAACACUCAGUCUUCAAUUGUGAAUUCAGGCACCCUAAUUCACAGAAGCACGGAUCUAAGGCUUGCUUCAGAUGCGGGGAAGAAAACCACAGUGUGAUGGACUGCCCCAAGGGCAGCCCCGAGCCAAAGGGCUCAGGAAACUAG